AACCAGAGGUGAACUUGUUGAAUUCUCUCUCUCUCUCUAUGUAUAUAUAUAUAUAGUUAUUGAAAGAGGCAAAGUGAAGGGGAAUUAGAGAUGCCAGAAAUGGAAGGUCCGUCAAAGCCACCACAAAUCUCCGAAAUGUUUCAGAAAUUCGCACUCGCUUUCAAGACCAAAACAUUCGAAUUCUUUGCCGAGGAAGACGCCGAAGAAUUCAUUGCCGAUCAGAAGGUCAUUGUGAUCAAACCAGACCAAACCCACAAAUCCUCUGCUUCAAAACCAUCUUCCCCAAUUCGAACCAUCGAUACCCAGUUCGCAGAGACUCUGAUUUCUUCCAUUUUCGCUACGAUUUCAUCGUUUGAAGCUUACUAUCUUCAGUUACAGACAGCCCAUUCGCCUUUUGAUGAAGACACCAUUAAAGCUGCCGAUAAAGCUCUGGUCUCUCAUCUUCAGAGAUUGUCUGAUUUCAGGAAUUGGUUUAGGAAUUUUCGCAAAAACCCUAAUUGCAUUCUUGAUUUCCCAAUUGGGUCUUGCUCGGAAGCUCAGGUACAAGAGAAUCAGAGCAAGCUUCGGGCUCUGGACACCGUCUUCAAUCGAUUGCAGUCCGAAAUCGACGAUAAAGACACCAAAGUGUUGGCUCUAAGGCAAGAGUUGGAUAAAAUUCACAAGUCUAAUUCGAAAUUGUCGAAGAAAUUACUGAAUUAUAGUUCGAAAUUGUCUGCAACAGAGGCAAGGCCAUCAUCUUGUUCAAUGUUGGUGUGUUCUAAAUAUUGUCAACCCCUGAAUUCCUUAACUGAUGUGGGUUUUGUGUUCUAA